GGAUCAGGGACUCACCAGCAGCAAGAGCGACCUCAUUGAUGUAUACAGAGAAGAGAGUCGGUCCAAGAAUUGAACCCUGUGGCACCCCCAUAGAGACUGCUGAAUGAAGAUACCCUGCCACUGUUAGUGCAUCAUGAUGAGCAGCUGGUGUGCCGAAGUUCUAUGCUUCAGAAUCAAGGAGUUUGCUGUCACAUGAAAUGGGAUCCACAACAAGAGAUACAGAGUUCUUGUACAUUGGUCUCCAUCUCCUACUGCUAGGCUGCCUGGCUUGACAUCAGGAUUCAGUUUGUGAGGACCGUGGCCAUGGUUACGUAGCUACGACACAGGAAAGAGAACCUUAACAGGAAGUGGUGUCUUAAUAGGUAAUGAAAGGGACACCAGCAGCCUAUGUCCUUUUCUUGUUUGGGUGUAAGUCUGUCCUCUGUUCUCUCUCCUCUGACCCGGAAACUGUGGUCGAGGACUAUGUCAAAUCCUUAGAAGGCAAACGGAAGAUGAUCCUCCCCUCCUCAGUAGCCUCCUUUUGGCGAGGAAGAACAAGUGUAUUCUACCACGGAAGAGUUUUGAUAUUUGCCACAUCCCCUAUGAAAAACGCGUUUUGUAUUGUCAUGGGAAAAAAUCAUGCACACAUUUAAGUGAUAUGCUACUUAUCCUUUUAUCUAUAAAAUGUCUUGCACAACAUUUAAUUUGGAAUCCACCCCUAUAAACGUAAUUUGCCUGAUGACAUGCGAGUGGAGAAGGAGCUUCUUAUUUCAAACAAGUAUUUUCAUCCACGUUCAAUCUCCUCACCACCUCUCCUCGAUUUCUUUCAAAAGGAGGCAAGAGAGGAUGCAGGAGUUGAGCAAAUCUAAUUGAGAAACGGCCCAUGAGAACCCCUCUCUGUCCUCUUCCAGUGAGUGCUGUGCUCCUGUGAAAGCCUACAGUCUUGUUUUCCUGUGUCCUCCUUUAUUACUUGUGAGAGAACAUCUGUGCAGCUUUUGAACACUGUCAAGACCGUGUUAGGAUACUGGUCUGUUGAUCAUGAUAUGGCCCUCGCAUCCCUGAGCCGACUAGGUAAAAAGUGCUAAUUGACUCAAAUGUGAAUGUAAACAUUAAUCUGAUUGACAGUCUUUCUUUGUUAGUGACACCACACAGUGGCAACACCAGCAACUUACCAGUCUCUGUCUUGCCUGCUAUCCCUACUUACCAUCAUACUGUAUUUAUCACUUUACAGUUUCAUUACAAAGGUUUUGGACAAUUCUCAAACCUUUAUUUUAAGUAGAUAAUUGUUUAAAAUGUAUGAAUCAUGUCUUACUUUUAGCUGUUUUAUAACCUUUUUAACAUAUGUUCCUUCCUUGUUUAGAGAACAACUCUUUGCAUUGUUUUUUUAUAUUGCCACUAAUACAUAGCAGUGGGUUGUAUAGGGCUUGAUAAACCUGCAUGUGUAAAGCUAGAGUUGGUUCCCAUUCAAUCAAGUUCAACUGAACGCUUCCAGAAUAUCGAUUGCGUGAUAUUUAGAUGUUGUCCAGUUUUGCCCCUCGCUCAAGUCAUCAGAAUAAUUAAACUAGUUACACAAUCGUGGCCUGUUUUUUUUUUUUUUUUUUUUUUUAAUGCCUAGCUUCGUGUGGACACCAUUGAGAAAACCAUGUUUUUUUAAAUAUAUUUUUUAAUUGUAUUAUUCCUAUAUUCCUCAAGCUUUUGAGUUCUGUAUAAGCAGGCAUUUUAAGCCUGAAAAUAAUUCCAGAGUUAACUUUGAAUGUCCUAAUAUUGGCCAAACAUAUAAUGUAGAUAAAAAAAAAAAAAAUGUUUUUAUACAUUGAAUGUGUUUGGUCUGUCCUUGGACACCUUGUUCGGCACUAUAGCUGGAUAAGUAUAACCCCUUGCCAGAAAUACUCCUAUUCAUACGUUGUUUUAUGUGCAUUUGGUAACCAUGAUGGUUGUUAUGGUCUUUUUGGUACGAGGGAACACCUAGAGAGGAAUGUGUGAAAUAUAACGCGUAUGUUUCUAACUCUAAAACGAUUAUUUAAAAUAUAACCAAGUCAUUCGUGUAAUCUAAAAUUGUUUUAUUGUUUAUCAUUAUUACUAGAAUAAUUAUUUAAAACCUGGUUAUCCAACGCAUGACCGCCAAGAAUGGACAAAGGGAUCAUUAGGACUACACUUCCCAGGAUACGUGGUGCAUGGUCUGUUUGUGAUGUCACAAUGAGUAUAUAUCUCUACACGGUGGCGUUCUUUAUUCUAUUGUUACAUUGUAACAAACCGGGGCAGAGGCGAGGAAAAGGAGGACGUCAAUCGGAUAAAAUUCUGUAACAUUUGGACAUUUCUGUACCAAAUAAGGCGAGGGGGGAUAACGGCCAUUAUACUUGAAGAAAAACGACGUUGGGCCGAUUGAAACCGCUCUUGAAAAAGAAAGGAUAAACGAAUACAGAUGUCAGCGGAUGCUCUUCCAAUGCAAGCAUUUAAAGGCUCAAACCUGGUAGAUAAGGCAUCCGGCAGUUAUCUCCCUUUUUUUUUUACAACUUAGCAGAAAAUAAUGUCAAUAGCCUAAUAAAUGUUAACUAAACUUGACGUCCUUCUUUCUCCACCGUCUGCCCCGGCUAUACAGGAUUGCUACGUCAAAGUUAAAUGGAACAUACACUCCUGGAAGCGACCAUAAAUACAUUUCCUUUAUGUCUGCUUGAAGCCGGUGUAGCCUACAAAUGCAGAAAUAAGCAUUCAUACUGAACAAAUUAACAGUUGUACUUAAAAACAAUCGUUAGCCUAACAUUAAAUCUUGAAAGGAAGAAGCUAAAACUGUCAGGGAAAAAUAUUAGGAAAAAAUCUAAAAUAGGGCGUUACAAGAUCCAUGAACAAUCCUCCGUGAAUAAAAGGAACGUUCAGCAGUUGAUCGGGAGAAGAGGAUCCUUUUUCUGCUUAAGACGCCAAGUUUCCAUGGAGGCAGUUUCGUCUCUCAGCCUCAAGCGAAGAUUCGAGGAGGUGGACAGUGGUUCUCCAUACUCUACGCCCAAGGACUCAGACGAUGAUAUCUCCAGCAGUGACAGCGCUGACAGCUGUGAUAGCCUCAACCCCCCCUCCAGUACUGCACUCAUACCGACCUCCAUCCUAAGACGUCACAAGCCCUCUCCAGGCCGGAAGCGGGUGCGGUUUGAUGUGGUGACGGUGUACUACUUCCCCAGGCAGCAGGGCUUCACCAGCGUGCCCAGCCAGGGAGGCAGUUCCCUGGGCAUGGCUCGCCACCACUGCUCCAUCCGCAGCUACACCCUGGGAGAGUUUGCCUGCGAGCAGGAGACCAGUCACCGCCACGCCCUGCGCCAACACCUCCGCCAGGAGAAGCUCAACGCUCGCAAGAUGAAGCUGACACGUAAUGGUACGGUGGAGUGUGCCCAGGCUGACCUGCUGACCCUCGACAAUGUAUCAGACGAUGACCUUGACAUGGAGGGGGUGGAGGUGGAUGACUGCUUCUUCCUGCAGCCACUGCCCACCAAACGGCGCCGCGCUCUCCUCAGGGCUUCUGGUAAUGCCCGUAUAGAUGCCCGGGAGAAGGCUGAGCUACGGACCAUCAGGCUGUCCAGGGAGGAGUGUGGCUGUGACUGCCGUUUCUACUGUGACCCCCGCCACUGUGGCUGCAGCCAGGCUGGCAUCAAGUGCCAGGUGGACAGGAUGUCUUUCCCCUGUGGCUGCUCUCGGGACGGCUGUAGGAACUCGGCGGGCCGCAUCGAAUUCAAUCCUCUGCGCGUGCGAACACACUACCUGCACACCAUCAUGAAGCUGGACCUGGAGAAGAGGAGGCUGUUGGGGCAGCGGUCGGGUGUUGGGGAGCAGUAUGAAGAGUCUGACUUGCUCUCCUCGCCCUCCUCCACCAGGCCUCCCUCCCCAGACCCUGACCUGUCCACAGGGGCCCAUGGCCUGGACUCUGAGUUAGAGACAGAGGAGAGAGAGGUCCAGAUGGUCCUGGAGGCUCAGGACCUCCUGACUGAGCAGGCCUGCCUAGAGCGGGAGAACGAGAUCGCCGUGCUCCACCUGCAAAGUGCCGAGGAGCAGGAGAGGAUGAGGGAGGAAGAGGAAGAGGAGGAGGCGCAUAGGGGCAGGGGGGGAGCAGGUAGCCUGGGGGAGCAGGCUCUGUGCCUCCUGCCUGGGGCCCUGCAGGGGGAUCUGUCUGGGGAGCCUGGGGUUGGGAUGGAGGGGGUCCCUAUCUCCCUCCUCCAGGGCCCAUUCCCCACUGGGGCUACCCUGCUCUGCAUCACAGAGAACCAGGAGGGAAAUUGGGAGGGGGAAGGGGACAACCCUCGUGGUGGCCUCAAAGACCCGGCCUCCUCCCUGCUAUACUACCAGUUAGGUCCCAUGGAAAACGAGCCGUUUGAGGAGUCUCAGCCUGUGGAGGAGGAGGAGUGUGUAGAUAAAGAACCAGGGGGAGGAGAGGAGCAAGAGAGGGUGGAGCAUAGAGGUAUUACCUGCGGGCAGGAUGAGGGCGAGUUUUCGCCUCCGGUGGCUCUGUGCUCAGAGAAUGGCGUGGGGGCUGAGGAGGCUAAGGAGGUACCAUUCAGCCCCCAGCAGAGCUCCUCAGAAGGGCAGUGUCAGGAAGUGGCCUGUCUGGCCACAGGAGAUAUGUACCCACCACUGCCCCCUGAGGUUUAGUACUAGCACCUCUGCAGAUGUUUUGCACAAUAGCUUUAUUUUGAGCUGAAUAAAGCCUACACUACAUGGAUAGACAGUGUAGUUAUCAAAAAUGAGUAUGAUGUUACAGGUUAGAAUUCAUAAUAAUAACCAUCAUUACUACGAUAAUCGAUUUGAAUUUUUUUUGCAGUUCCAUUAAAAACUAAAGUAAAGGAGGGAAAGUCAUCCUGAAAGCACACACAGAUCUUUCCCUGCAGCAGUACUGUCGUUUCAGUUAUAUGUCAAUGAAAUGCUCUUAUUUUAAAGGGGUGGAGAUCAUGGGACCUGUCCCAAAUGGCACCCUUUUCCCUUUUAUAGUGCACUACUUUAGACCGGGCCCAUAGGGCUCUGAUCAAAAGUAGUGCACUAUGUAGGGAAUAUGGUGCCAUUUGGCAGCCAUGUUGGCCUUAACGAAAGAAAUUACAUGUUUGUGUGGGAGGUGUAAUUGAGUCAUUGAGAACUAAGUUGUGUUGUUUUUAGUUCCCGGCACCACAAAGAGACAAUGUGGUGGUGUGAUCAUUAACAUUGGCUCUGGGCCUUUUCAUUUAAAAAAUGUUUUUAACCUUUAUUUAGGCAAGUCAGUUAAGAACUCAUUCUUAUUUACAAUGACGGCCUACCGGGGAACAGUGGGUUCCUGCCUGGGUCAGGGGCAGACCUUGUCAACUCGGGGAUUCGAUCUAGCAACCUUUGGGUUACUGGCCCAACGCUCUAACCACUAGGCUACCUGCCGCCCCUCAAGGGAGCAUUUCAGAAUCAUUCAGUGGAUUCGAGUGGCUUGAUUAAACAAGGGAAAGGGGGAUACCUAGUCAGUUGUACAACUGAAAGGAGGUGGGGUUAAGAAGAAUAUGUGCCCUGUUCUAUACUGUAGACCGAUAAAAUAAACAACAGUUGUCUUAAAAAAAGUGUGAGUAUUUAGUGAGCAUUGUAAACGUCACGUUAGUCUGGUACACUUCUUACAGCUGUUCGUUUUGAAGCCAAAUUAGGGCCACUGGUAGUAUCUAUUCCCCACCUCCCCCUCUGACUGAGAAUAGACCUAAAAAACAAUCCUGGAUAUACUUGUUUUUGGUGUACUGUAUAAGAGUUUGCAAUGGGCAAGGCAGAGCUGAAAGAGCUGCUUGUAUGAUCUAUAUGCACUUUGUGGUCAAUUAGCAUAGGCACAGGGUUAUAUGGGCCCCUUUCUGCAUUGGGGCAAAAUGGUAAAACAUUUGUUAAAAUCAGAAGGUUUGCACCGGCUUCUCUUUCUAAAUAGCGUCUCUCCGGGUAUACCUAUCUUAGACCUCUCACGCAAGCACAGGUUAUUUAUUAAAAGACAGUUGACCUAUAAUAGUGACCAUUACAAUGUUAUAGUGAUAUUACACUUCGUCUUUGUAAAAUUGUGAUGCUGUUGAUAUUGAGUGCAAGUCUUUGAUCUCUGUUUUAUGCACGACUGAAAGAAACCUGUCUUUGUUUUUAGUUAUUAUGUCAGAUCAUCGUACAGGUGGUCAGAGUCCAUGUGAGAAUGGGACAGAAUAGACCUCAUAUAAUGAGUCUGUAGGGGCAAAGCUCUACACUGUAAAAACAAAUCUAGUUCUUUCAACUUAUUAUUAUUAUUAUUAUUAAGUAACUGGUUCCACAGCUGUUUUUGUGUUUACGUUUUGUGCCAAGUGGUACCUGAACCCCAACAAAUGUAAUUGACAACAAAUUGUAUGUUAAAAGCACGCAGCGCUUUUAUCAUACAAUAUUUUCAAUUGACAUAUUUGACACAAGUUGAAAUACAUGAUUAUAUUGUGCAUGUUCAUUCAUACAGUAAUUAAUAUUCAACAUGGCCUCAGCUGGGGUUGAAAAUUACAACCUCUUGGUGCACGGAAUUCUAAUCUACCUGCUACACCACCUUGUCUGUCACAAUGACUGAUGUUUUGCUACACCUUGCACUUCAAAGUAAAUCUCAGUUUGAAUCUAAAUGUACACUCAAUAAAAACCUGUAUUUAUUAUAGUGAUUAUGCAGUAGCAUUAAAACAGAGUAAUAUACCGCACCAGCAUUAGACAACUAUACAGAAAAAAAUACAAUUGUUGAAAUAACUAAAUCAAAUCAAUGGUGAGAGAAUAGUCAGAUUAACUGAUAAUUGACAUAGAUAUGGUGUUGUAGCAGGGAGAUCGGAUUGUCAUGAUCCAAGAGGUUGUGAGUUCAAAUCUCAGAUGAGGACAUAUUGAAUAAUAAUUUAUUUAUAAAUGAACAUGCAUAAUGUCAAAUAUGUACAUUGAAAACAUUGUAUGUGAAAAGUACUGUGUGUGUGUAACCAUUUGCACAGAUGUUUUUAGUUAACAUGCCCAAGUAACAAUUUAUAGUUGAAUGAACAAAUGAGAGUUGAGCCAACACAUUUUAAAUGGACAGAAUGUUUUGCCCAGGUUUUCUUUAAGUUUGGGCCAACAUUUUUUUUAGUUCCUGUAACACUUGGACUAAAAAAAGUUGAGUAAACAAAAGAACGGCUAUGGAACCAGUUACAGUUGAAGUCAGAAGUUUACAUACACUUAGGUUGGAGUCAUUAAACCUCAUUUUUUAUACCACUCCAAAAAUUUCUUGUAAACAAACUAUAGUUUUGGCAAGUUGGUUAGGACAUCUACUUUGUGCAUGACACAAGUCAUUUUUCCAACAAUUGUUUACAGACAGAUUAUUUCACUUAUAAUUCACUGUAUCACAAUUCCGGUGGGUCAGAAGUUUACAUAUACUAAGUUGACUGUGCCUUUAAACAGCUAGUUAAAUUCCAGAAAAUUAUGUCAUGGCUUUAGAAGGCUAAUUGACAUAAUUUGAGUCAAUUGGAGGUGUACCUGUGCAUGUAUUUCAAGGCCUACCUUCAAACUCAGUGCCUCUUUGCUUGACAUCAUGGGAAAAUCAGAAGAAAUCAGCCAAGACCUCAGAAAAAAUAUUGUAGACCUCCACAAGUCUGAUUCAUCCUUGAGAGCCAUUUCCAAAUGUCUGAAGGUACCACGUUCAUCUGUACAAACAAUCGUACGCAAGUAUAAACACCACGGGACCACGCAGCCGUCAUACCGCUCAGGAAGGAGAUGUGUUCUGUCUCCUAGAGAUGAACGUACUUUUGUGCGAAAGGUGCAAAUCAAUCCCAGAACAACAGCAAAGGACCUUGUGAAGAUGCUGGAGGAAACAGGUAUGAAAGUAUCUAUAUCCACAGGAAAAUUAGUCCUAUAUCGACAUAACCUGAAAGGCCGCUCAGCAAGGAAAAAGCCACUGCUCCAAAACCGCCAUAAAAAAAGCCAGUCUACAGUUUGCAACUGCAUUUGGGGAAAAAGAUCGUACUUUUUGUAGAAAUGUCCUCGGGUCUGAUGAAACAAAAGUAGACCUGUUUGGCCAUAAUGACCAUCGUUAUGUUUGGAGGAAAAAGGGGGAGGCUUGCAAGCUGAAGAACACCAUCCCAACCGUGAAGCACAGGGGUGGCAGCAUCAUGUUGUGGGGGUGCUUUGCUGCAGGAGGGACUGGUGCACUUCACAAAAUAGAUGGCAUCAUGAGGGAGGAACAUCUCAAGACAUCAGUCAGGAAGUUAAAGCUUGGUCGCAAAUGGGUCUUCCAAAUGGACAAUGACCCCAAGCAUACUUCCAAAUUUAAGGCAAAAUGGCUUAAGGACAACCAAGUCAAGGUAUUGGAGUGGCAAUCACAAAACCCUGACCUCAAUCCUAUAGAACAUUUGUGGGCAGAACUGAAAAAGCGUGUGCGAGCAAGAAGGCCUACAAACCUGACUCAUUUACACCUGACUCAUUUACACCACCUCUGUCAGGAGGAAUGGGCCAAAAUUCACCCAACUUAUUGUGGGAAGCUUGUGGAAGGCUACCCAAAAAGUUUGACCCAAGUUAAACAAUUUAAAGGCAAUGCUAUCAAAUACUAAUUGAGUGCAUGUAAACUUCUGACCCACUGGGAAUGUGAUGAAAGAAAUAAAAGCUGAAAUGUAUCAUUCUAUACUAUUAUUCUGACAUUUCACAAUCUUAAAAUAAAGUGGUGAUCCUAACUGACCUGAGACAGGGAAUUUUUACUAGGAUUAAAUGUCGGGAAUUGUGAAAAACUGUAUUUGGUUGUAUGUAAACUUCUUACUUCAACUGUCCUUAGUAAUAAUUAGUUGAAACAACUAGAUCUUUUUUUUACAGAGUAGGAUGAAACACAGCUAUUUUAUGUCAUAAGAUGUCAUUUAAAAAAUAUUAUUUAAAGAGUCAAAAGAAAAGGAAAGCCUGAGGUGUUUGAAGUAUUAUUACAGAAUAAUAAUGUAAAGAGGAUAUGACAAAACCCGAAUUGUAGAAGUUUUGUUGAGUGUGUAUGUGUGUUUGUUUGAGUGUGUGUGUGUUGGGGGCUUGGGAGUGGGGUAUGCGUAGUCAUAUUAUUUCCUAAAAGGUGCUGUUCUUAUAGGUUUACAAUAAUAAAAAAAAUCCUGCCAUUACACAAAAUAUUACUUUGAGGACUAAGUGUAUCUUGAUGGACAUUGAAUCAUGGACGUUUCCGAUUGAAAGUUUGAAAUCCACAGAAAAUGCAUUUUAAUCAACCGUUUGGUGAGGGAAGCAUUACUUUAAGGCGUCUGAGAGAAUUAUGGAAUGACAUACUGUACAUGUCAGUAUAUAUAAUCACAAUCCUAUACAUUUUUUAAACAUUUUAAAUGUAUUUUUAUGCUGUGUCUGUUUGUACUGACCUAUGUAUGUGAGUGUGCUGACACAUCGUGCACAUUGUCUUCAUCCUUUCCUGAUGUUGUGCUCCUUUAACUGAUUAUCUAUUUUAAAGCUUGUUGCCAUCUUGCCCAGUGUAUUGUGUACACUCUUGGAAAAAAAGGUGCUAUCUAGAACCUGAACGGGUUCUUCAGCUGUCCCAUAGGAGAACCCUUUGAAUAACCAUUUUUGGUUCCAUGUAGGGUUCUACAUGGUACCAAAAAGUGUUCUCCUAUGGGGAAAGCUGAAGAACCCGUUGGAACCCUUUUUUUCUGUACAGUAUAUGGGCCUAACUAACACAGGAUGAGAUGCUGUGCAUGAGGGGUGUGAUAUUGUCUUAAUAAUAUAAUCAUGUUUAAGAGUUGCACCAAAGCAGUGGUUUUCAACCGGAUUUGUUGCUCUCAUCAUCCACCAAUUUCUAGAAGAUUUAAUUGGAAACUUCAGCUCGGAUUCAUUCUGAGGAGACUUGUAGUGAUCUUCUCAAUCAAAUAGAUGUAUUUUCCACCAUUGCUUACCGUAACACAGUUCCGGCCUUUAAGGAAUUGUUUAGUGAAACUGAAUAGCUGCCUAUUGUUGAGUCUUCAUCUUUGGCUUUCUAUGAAUGGAUGUAGGUAUGGGACCACUGCACUAAAUGAACUCCAACCCACUAAUGAUAUGAUUAUUAUGUUUGUCUGUGUGUGAGAGCAGAGGUACAGUAUGUAUGACUGAAAAGAUUGACUGAGGUUUGGUUGGACUUCAUCUCAAAGCUGUGAUAAUUACUCUUAUGCUAACUGUUGCCUAAAGUGGACAAAACAUUUUAUACAAAAAAUGUCAAUUAAAAGAUCAAAAACAA